GAUGGACCUCUUCCACCAUAAAAUUUUCCGUCUAGCUCCUACUUUAACGACUUACUAAAUUCUUUUAAAAUAAUCUUAAAAAGGAAUGAGAUGAUCUAAAUAUUCUUUGCUCUAGUUUAUACACUGUUCCUAUACAGGAAAUCAGAUAGUAGUAUUUAAUUACAAAAAGUUUUAUAGUUUUUGUGUAGUUUUUAUAUUAUUCAAAACUUAUUUAAAAUGAUUUAAGAAAUCAAUUGUCAAAUUGGCACAAUUUUCUAAGUAAAUUAUUUUUACCAUUGCGUACACAGGACUUCACCUUUCAAAUUCAAACAAACAACUAGAAUUAUUUAAUCGGAGCAGCGCCGGAGUAUUUUGGUCGGAACUUUUAUGCAACCGGCGAAGAAGCUGACGAGCACCCGACCCGACCCGAUAAAAACCCUAGAAGAACUACGUAGGCAAUUUCAAAAAUCAAUUUUGGGGAUUUAGGGUUUCCAUUUGUUGCUUUUACGAAUGGGUAUCGACACCCAUAUUUCCCAAUGGAUUCUCGAAUUCAUUCUCCGACAACCACUCGACGACAACAUUCUCAACGAUCUCAUUAACGUUCUUCCGCUCCCGAACGACAAUUUGAAUCUCAAAAAGGCGCUGCUUGUCAGAAAAAUCGAAUCCGAGAUUGCUAACGGUUCGGUUACUGAGAAAAUCCUCGAGUUAAUGGAAUUAAUCGAGGAAUUGGAUCAUCAAGAAGGAAUAAUUAGGGAUUCAGUGGCUACGAAAGCCGCUUAUUGUGCGGUGGCAGUGGAGUGUACGGUUAAGUUUUUGAAAAGUGAAAGGGCGGGAAGUGAUAAAGGGAAGUAUUUUGAAGCAGUAAGGAGGAUAUGGAAACGGAGGAUUGAUUUAAUAGAGAAAGUGGAGAAUGUAGGCGUUGUAUCGGAGGAGCUGUGGAGUUGGAGGGAUGAAAUAGAGGCGGCGUUUUGGGAAGAUAGGUGUGCUGAGAAUGUGAUAAGGAGAAGUAAAGGCGUUUUUGCUGUUGACGCGGUUAAGGCUUUUGUUAGAGAAGCUAAAGAGAGAAUUGGGGCUCCUUUUCUUGAAGUUGUCGCGGAAACUUACCAUACUGAUGAAGCAGUAAAGUCAGUUUUCGGAGAGGUGAACAAAGGAGGGGCUAGUAAGAAAAAUGGAAAAGAGGUAUGCAAAGGAAAUGCAUUGCCCAGGAAGAAACAUGUUGCUUUCAAACGCACCAGAGGAGCAUCAGGUAUCAGGAUCAGUGAUUCUAUUGAGUCGGAAGUUGAGGCAUCUGGUGGACAGGAUGAUUCUUCAGCUGAAGUGAAGAUAGCUAAGAAAGCACUUAAAUUGAGUUCAUUGGAGCUGCGUGCUAUGGUGAAGGAUCCUCUACCUGAUGCACUACGUUUUGCUGAGACUUUGUCUUCUGUGGUAAGGGAUAAUAUGGGUCAUCAGCCUGCUGAAAAUAACAGUGACAUGGCCCCUCAACCAAUGGUUUCCAGUAGCAGAAUGGCUCAAGCCGGUGGGGAGAACCGUGAGGCACAGCAAAAUUGUCAUCAUGCUGCUGCAUCCAAGCCAGAUCUAGCGAACCGAAGCAGUGCUGCCCAUACAUUUGAGUGGGACUCUUUCUUGGAUGAUAUAAAUGAAGGAUCACCAAGUGGUGUGAAUAGGGUUACUUUACCUAGCCCAAAGAGGACAAAAGUUUCUCCCCUGAAGAAGUAUGAAUUUAAAAAAAUCACCACGAGGAGAAAGCCCGUGAAAUGGAGUGCGCUGGAAGAAGACACUUUGAGAACUGGUGUACAGAAGUAUGGUAUUGGAAACUGGAAGGUCAUCUUAGAUGCUUAUCGUGACAUUUUUACCACGAGACAAUCGGGUGACUUGAAGGACAAGUGGAGAAAUAUGAUAUCGUAGAUAUUAUUUUGAAGAAAUUUGCUAUAUAGGAGACGUUUUGUUUUGUUAAACCAGAGGCAUGACCUUGGUUUUUUUUGUAUCAUGUAAAUGUCAAAAUGUCCCUGUGUAUCUUGUUCGAUACAUAACGUUUCAGAUGAAUGCUGUUGUAUAUCAUGUCUCUCUAGAGGAAGCUGUUCGUAUA